AUGGUCUUCUGGGCAUGCAUCGUGGCCUUGUCCUGUUCCUUGCUCAACGUCCUCGUCCUCGGGGCACAAUCUGUUGCACCUCGUACACUUUUUUCAGCACAGAACCCGCCCAAAUUGGAGUACGCGAGCUCUUACAUCGGGCUAGAGACCGCUGUUCGGGAUCCCUCUUCUCCCCCCUUACCCCCCAUAUCCAACUUUCCCAUCGUACUCGCACAGGUCAACGCCUCACAGCCGAACAAUGUGCUGUAUGACAGCCAUCGCUGGCGCUCAGGAUUUGGUAUGAUCUACCCUGAAGAUCGUCGCUUCUUACUAACACUAGACGUCUCUACCAUCGCCCAAUUUCGUGCAGGAGACUUCGGAAUGGAGAGAUGCUCCCUCAUUAUGUCCAUACCAUAUCUCCUGAAUCUGGAAGAAGAUAUGAAUAUCACGUCGCCGUCUUUCUUCUCUGACCCUGUUGUAUUCGUCGACGUUUGGAAGGCGGAUGUGGAAGAGAUCGACCGUCGCAAGCUUUCCUGGUCGACGCGUCCCACGAAGCAGAGUAUGUUUGCGUCGCUGGAGUUAGGCUUCGGAGUUUCAUGGGAAUCCGCCGAAUUUUUCUGCCGCUCUGGAUCCUACCACACCUUUACUUUCAAUCUGGGCGGGGGAGAAGUAGACGGUAGGGUUGAUUUCAGGCAGGAUCCGAGGAAACCGCAGCUUGGGCUUUUACUGGUCCAACGGUCGUCUCUAUAA